GCGUCCGUCUCGAGCAGCCUCACGUGGAUCGAGGACGCCAAGGCCACGGCAUUCGCCAACGAGCUGCGCAUGGCUCAGCCACUGACGGCUUCGAACUGUGCCGAUGAGAAUAUCACCGAUGUAGCGUCCGCACAAGCUGCCGGUAUCGAGAUCUUCCCGUUGAACAUCAGCUUGGUUCCGAAAGAAGCCAACCCAUGGCUCUUCGUUCGCAGGCAGCAACGAGAGGUCUGGCAGGCGGCCUUCAACGCGCCGCAGGAUGUGGUGGUGACCGGCUCGCCCGGCAUCGGCAAGUCCUUCUCCAUGUCCUUCUUGUUGCGUGCCCUCAUGAAAGCAAGUAAGACCUUUGUCUUCGAAGCACGCAGGUGGAACAGGGCGUACUUGUUCAAGCCUCACGCCGACGGCACUUACGAGGUCGGCAGCAUGACAAAGAAAGACUGGGAGCCGGGAGCGUGUGAUGAGCUGAAAGACCAUGCGAACUACUACGUCAUCGACCCCGGCGCGGCCGACAACGGAGGCAUCUGUCUUGUGGCGGCCAAGACUGUCGUCGCCCCCUCACCUGAUCCGCAGCACCUUGGAGAGUGGAAGAAGAUUCCCAACCUACAGUACUUGUACAUGGCCGCGUGCAGCUUGCAGGAG